GCUAAGCGCCGAAAUCCGUUACCCCUUACAUUCGCACCGUCGAAGAGUGGAAUCCUCCUCUCCAUUCUUAUUCUGACUUGUUCUGCUUUAUAGCGAUCCUGUAGCUCACUAUGGAUUCUACUGCUCAAAAUAAUGCCAGUAUAGUUUCCGCACUCAUCGACGAUGUGAUCAUUAUGGUCUUUGAGUGUCUUGACGUCGUUGAUAUACUCAGAAUCAGACAAACAUGCAAAUAUCUGGCUGCCCUUACUCAGAGCAAGCAGUUAUGGAGCCAUAUUCUGUUUCGGACCGUCAUCAAGCGUAAUAUUCCCUUGCUCCCCUACACUCGAAGCUUCCAAGUUCUUUCCUCCACUGAAGUCGAGAUUGUCGCCAGCCAUGCACUCCGUUUGCGAAAGCAGACCAUCGCACCACCACAGUUACGGAGGCAACUCGUACUUUCUCUGGAUCAGUCGCGUUCUGUAUCCUGGUUACAACUCGUUCGCGGGCAAUGGCUCUUGGCGGCCUUCUCUGAUACACAAACGAGUAUCAUCAGGAUCUGGUCUGUUAUGGACUUGCUUUCUAACUUCGGGAAAUCAUCGCCUGUCGCUGAGGCGUAUUUGGAAGCCCCCGUUGCAUCAGGGAUGGUUCAGACUCGGGACGAUCAAUUGUACAUUGCUUUAUAUCUCAGAGGAAGUGAACCCUCGAUCGACGUUCUUACGCUCUUCACAUGCGAUGAGCGGCUCGCUUUCUCUUGUGUGGCUCAUUUUCCAGGCGCUGCCCACCUUCGCUGUUUUGACGAGGAUUGGAUAGGGUAUGCAUUACAUCAUGAAAUCAGCGUACCAUCUCUACUCAACUGGAACACUGGCGAUUUCAUCCACCUUCGUAAAACGCCUGAUAUGCGGGGAGGCUGCAUCGCGAUGGCCCGGUGGAAUGAUUACGUUGCAGUCAUUAACCCCAUUUCAUUGGAGUUGUAUCGGCGAGAUGACCAGAGUUACUGCUUAUGGGGUGAAGUGGAUUUGCCCUGUCCAGUUGGCUUUGCCGAGUUUGCACUGGCCGAUUCAGCUGAACACUUAACUUUCUGCUUAUCCUGCGAACGUGGUGUAUUUGUAUACCAGGUGGUGUUUGAACUCCCACAUGACACCCCACAGCUGAAGUUGGUCUGGACGUAUCGACCCAAACAAUAUGAACUUUCCCGUCCCUACAUCUGCAAGCCCAGGUUUGGCGUAACUCAACGAACAUUAACAUGGAUUGAUACCCCCAUCUUAUGAAUCCACUCGCUACUGUAGCUUUGUCUAUGCCAGACUUCCCCGUCUUGGAUCUGUCUUUCGUCCCCCCUUCUUCAUUGUC